AUGAAGGCCAACGUUAUCGCCGCUACCAUCCUUGCCGCCUUCUCGGCUGGCGCUUUCGCUCAGGACCAGGAGGCCGAGUUCCCCACUGGCUUCCCUACCGACCUCCCCUCCGGCUUCCCUACCCAGGUCCCCGGCGCCGCUAAGCCCUCCGGCGGCUUCGGCGGUGGCUUCCCCGGCUUCCCCUCCGGUGGCUUCCCCACUGGCUUCGGCGGUGCCCGCCCUACCCAGGUUCCCGGCGCUGCUCAGCCCUCCGGCGGCUUCGGCGGCAACUUCCCCGGCUUCGGUGGCCACUCCGGCUUCCUGACCCGCACCCGCGGCUCCUCCGAGGAGGCUGCUGGCUUCGGCGCCCAGGCUGCUGAGACCCCCUUCCCCACCGGCACCCAGUCCGGCGGCGCUCGCCCUACCGGCAAGGGUAAGGGCAAGGGCAAGGGCAAGAACCACGGCACCGGUGCUCUCCCCUCCGGUGUUCGCCCUACCCAGGUCCCCGGUGCUGCUCAGCCCUCCGGCGGCUUCGGCGGCAACUUCCCCGGCUUCGGUGGCGAUGCUCCCUCCGGCGCUCCCUCCGCUGAGCCCACCUCCGCUUAA